AUGAUUCAUGGUUUGCUAGGAGAUUCUUUUUCUUCCUUACGUAUGAUUUGGGAUGAGUUAACAGUGCAUCGUGAGAAAGUUUCUUGGGAUAGACUCGUUUGGCACUUGGGUCAUGUCCCUAAAUUUUCUGUGAUUGCUUGGAUGGCGGUUCUAGAUAGGCUGCCAACCAAGGCUCGACUUUUGUCUUUCGGUUUGCAUAUUGAUGGGAUGUGUGAGUUUUGUUCUAAUGAGUUGGAGUCAAGGGAUCACUUGUUCUUUACUUGUUGUUUCACUAAAGCUGUUCGGGCUGGUGUGUUGAGGCUGUGCAAUUUGUCGAGAGGUGCUCUAGAUUGGAGUGAGGAAUUUUUUUGGGCUUAUCGACAGUUGAAAGGGAGAUCUUUGUCAUCAACUUUGCUUCGCCUUGUUUGA